AUGAGUCCCUUUCUUCCUCACGACGUUCUCUACCGCGUAAGUGACUCCCCGCUCUUCCUGCCUGUCAUUGCUCUUGGGACGGCACACAUGGCUAUUCCAAAUAAUGAGUACAACUUCUGGGAUUCGGCGGAUUACAAUAUGUCGGUCCAUCGCGGAAAUGACCUUGUCCAUCCUCGCAGGCAGGUGCAUUCUAUGUUUUACCUGAAAUCCUUUCUAGGUAUUAUCCACUACUUCUGCGUCCUCCACCUUCCCACGGCCUGCGAAAUUCUCGACCAUGACUUCCACUCCCACCCUUCCGUUCAACAACUUCUGCAAUUUUGCUUCGUCUCCAAAGCCUUCUACCACGCUGUUAUGCCGCACAUCUUCAAGCAUGUCCCGCUAAGCUUUCAUGAAUUUGAUUGUUGGCCGCAAUGCUUGCAGUUUUGGUCUAGUAAUGAGACGGAAGAUUUGAGGGUGAAGGUGAGGAGGCUGAAGAUUGCUGUCAAGAGCCAUGGAAUUUCAAAGUAUUGCUUUGUCGAGAAGAAUACCCCACAGGAUCAAGCGCUGGCUCUUUCUGCAGCCAAGGAGCGGCAACUACGAGCUUUGAUGGUUGAUUUGAUGAAUCAGCUCGAACUGCCCAUGGUUGGAUUACCCAGCCUGAGGGAGUUGAUUUUUAGCGUUGACACAUUCACCAACGUUUACAGUGACGAUUUCGUUGUCAACAGAACCAUCCCUGACCUUGUUCUUAGGAUUGUCAGGGAUUUUGGGUGUGCCUUGAGCAACGGGAGGUUCGACCACUUGACCAGCCUGAGGGUGAAGGCGCCUGCAGACCAGCUCGUGGAGAUUCUAUUGGACGCAACGAGAUCGAAGCAGCUUUGCGUGAACUUGAAGACGGUUCAUUGUGAUAGAUGUCAGGCGAUCGGCUCCGUGGAAAAUCAGGAUGCAGUGAUGGCCGCCGAAGAGGCGGUUCUGACCUUGGUGGAGCUGUGUCCUAACUUGAAAGAACUUUGUCUUUUCACAUUCCACGAAAUGCCCCAGCUUCAUCCGGAAAACACGGGCUUAGACAAGCUGAUUGUGGGCAGGGUUCUUGUCAAAAAGCUUGAUGCUAACCGAUCUAUUUGUUUCAGGAGACGUCCCGAUUGUGUCUACACCAUCAUGGGGCCAAUACAAGCUCAUACGCCCCGAUUACGAGCUUUUGCAAAAGGAGCUAGAGUGCCGCAGCUUACAGGUCAUGAAGGGAGGUAG